UAUACUGUAUUCAGACCACAGUUGAAGAAAAUGAUUAUGACUGCUAAAAUGUUGCUGCUAUUUUAUCUGACAAAGCUGAACUAAUACCUGCACCGAGUACAGCUGCCUGCCUGUGUUAUCUUGUAAGUAUGCAGGAAUGCCAAAGAUUUUAGUAUUGCUUGCUAGACUCUUCUUGAACUGGUGUGGAAAGGAAUCUUGACAGCUGUGUGGAAGAGACCCGAGUUGCACAGGUUUGCAAUGAAGCAUCUGUCCAUUUCCAAGUGGCUGGGGCAGCUGGGGCUUCCGGAAUACUUCAAACUCUUUGAUGAAAUGUUUGACGGAGUGGAGGACUUACUCCAUUUGAAAGAGGCUGAUCUAAGGCAGAUGGGAAUUGAGAACCGGAUGCACAGAGCAGACAUCGCUUCCAGCAUCCUUCUGCUUCAGGAGCGAGAGAGACGAAAAGAAUUAAAGAUGAUGGCAGCGGGGAAGUAUGCCAGCCUCCCUCGGAAUAUCCACAUCAGCCAUCCGUGCUCACUGGCGUCUGCCAUGGACCUGCACAACAGCGGAAACCCUCCCGUCAAACAGCACUCCAGCCCCUUCCAGAGUAUCUCUAUCCACGGCACCCUCCCCAGGAAGAAAAAUGGAAAGAUCCCCAUCGUGUCACACGACAUGUACAACCCCCGAGGACCCCAAGCCCAGCUCCCGCCCCAGCCUCGCCUGCGCAAUGCCUCGGUGUCCUAUGACAUCAUUGAAGAACACCCAGCGCCACAAGGAAAGAGACAAGACUUCCCAUCCAGGAACAAGCACAUAGUGGACUUUGCCCUUGAAUAUGUCAAGUUUUCAAAGGAAAGAUACAUCAUGGAUUCAACGCCAGAAAAGCUGAAGAAAGAAUUGGAGGAAGAGUUAAAGUCCAGCAGUGAGGAGCCACGGAGCCAUGCCUGGUAUCAUGGCCGAGUCCCUGGGCAGGUGGCAGAGAACCUUAUCCAGAGAGAUGGAGACUUCUUGAUCCGUGACUCUUUCUCCAGCCCUGGAAACUUUGUGCUGACUUGCCAGUGGAAAAACAUUCCUCACCAUUUUAAAAUCAAGAAAGUGAUCGUCAGACUGAACGAAGGCUACUCCCGAGUGCAAUAUCAGUUUGAGCGAGAAAGCUUUGACAGUGUCCCAGCACUGGUGCGUAGCUACGUGGGGAAUCGCAAAGCACUAACGGAGCACACCGGAGCAAUCAUUUUUCAGCCUAUAAACCGGACUCUUCCACUAAGAUGCAUUGAGGAGAAAUAUGGAAUGUCUGCUUGUGUCAAACAGCAUCAGCAGGUCUAUUCAUCAGAUGGAAAGCUGGACCUAGCGAAGAGACUGAGCUUGAAUAUGUCGAAUGGGCCCUCCCAGGAACGCAGUUUAGCAACGGGAAGUCUUUUAAGAAAUAAAGACAAGAGUGGCAGCCAACCUGCAAGUCUCGACUAUGUUCCAGAUAAACGACGACCUCUGAAAUCACAUCAGUCUGAAAGUUACCUUCCUCUGGGGUCAAAAGCUCAGCAUCAGCAGCUACCACAGCAACAUCAAAAACCAUGCAUGGAAGGAAAUGCUCACACCAAAUCAACAGUGUUCAGGACCGGCAGCGAGCCUGCACUUAGCCCAACGAUUGUCCGAAGGCUCACUUUGGAAACACAGGCUGGUGAAGCACUUAGAGGUUCUGACAGCCAACUCUGCCCUAAGCCACCACCAAAACCCAGCAAAGUACCCUCUAUGAGAAUGCCAAACUCGCCUUUAUUAGCGAAUGACCCCGAGAGAGACAACUGCUUUGAACUAAUGCCUAAUACUCCCAUAGAUGGGCCAAAGACAGAACAGAACGGUUAUGUAGAAAGACUAAGAACUGAAGAGCCAGUAAAACCCCUCUUUCAAAAAUCGGAAUCUAUGCUCAGCAUGUCUGAGGGAAGCUCGUUCCAGUCCACGAUUCCUGUUGCAGAUGAAAACUGGAAGGAAGAGAAGGAAGCCAUUGUGUUCCUUAAACCAGUGUUUGAAACCGUUUCCUGUUUUAAACCCAAUGACUUUAACUCAAAGAUGCUUCCUCCUGACAACAAGCCCCUGGAAACAUCAGUGAUCAAGCACGUCAAAGGACUGUUUGCCAACGUUGACCCCAAAACUAUUGCAAAACACAUCCUUAAAGUGGACAGCCAGGUUGCUAGGAUACUUGACGUUUCUGAAGAAAUGGAGGCAAAGAUGGGAGUGAGCUCAGGUCUGGAACUUAUUACACUGUCUCAUGGGCAUCAACUGCGUCUGGAUCUAAUAGAAAGGCACAAUACAAUGGCUAUUGGGAUUGCAGUGGAUAUCCUUGGCUGCACAGGAAGUUUAGAAGAAAGAGCUGAAGUGUUAAACAAGUUCAUCCAACUCGCACUGGAACUGAAAAAUUCCAUGGGAGAUCUGUACGCUUUCUCGGCUGUAAUGAAAGCCUUAGACAUGCCACAGGUUGCACGUUUAGAACAAACCUGGAUCGCACUGAGGCACAAAUACACCCAAAAUGCUAUCCUCUAUGAGAAGACUCUUAAACCAUUCAUAAAAGCUCUAAAUGAGGGAAAAGAGGAAAUUCCACUCAGCAACACAACAGUACCACUUAUCUUGCCCCUAAUCACACUGAUAGAGCGUCCAUCUGUCACCUUUGAAGGUACUGAAUUGUGGGAAAAUAAUGAUGAGAGCUGUGAAAUAAUGCUCAAACAUCUGGAGAAUGCCCGCUCCAUCACACAGAAUGCUGCUACACACAAAGCCAACACAGAAAAGAUUCUGGAAGAUUUCCAGUCAGAUGAAGAAAUGCUCGAGACGUUUAAGACUGAAUUUGCAAUGAGACUGUUGUGGGGAAGCAAAGGAGCACAAGUCAACCAAACGGAACGAUAUGAAAAAUUUAUAAUGAUCUUAACAGCUUUAUCGCGGAAACUUGAGCCACCGAUCCGUCAUUGAGCACAGUAGAAACAACCGAAAGGCCAACAGACGUGAAAAUAUUAUGUCAGAACAUAACAUGUGAUAAAGAUUUCCUAAUACACUUCCUCAUUAUUGCAAUAGCACCACUGUUUCCAAGUAUCAGUGUUUUAACUACUACUCCAUCUACCAUUGCAUUUCAGCACCGACUUCUUGCAUAUGUUUUAACAUUCCUAUUGAGUUCUCACUAUCUGCAAACUAGAAUUCUGAAAUGCGUUGUUACUGUCCUCUUGUGUGACAUUUUAUAAUAUGUUGUGAUCUUUGAGGCAAUUCAACAAGGUGUUGUGAAGCUGAGGUGUUAGCAUGUAUUCGGUCUCGUUGGGGAAUACUUUAUAGCUGUGCUCAGAUCCUAGUUUAACCAGAAGGUGUUAGAUGUCCCAGUGGAUAUAAAUUGAUUGGUGAAAUUUGUAUCAAUGUUGGAUGCUGUAAAUAUUAACAGUAAAAUUUGGUGUGACUUUGGCCAGAAAGCUUCAUUCACUUAAUAUAUUUUCUUACUGUAAAAUCAAGAACAUGUAAAUACAAUUCUGUAAAAAAAAAAUGACAUAUUUUAUGCAGUAGUGUCCAGAUGUUGUAUUAAUGUGAUCUAAUAAAAUCACAGGACUCGGUUUGUGUUGUGCUUACCCAGGUUUUAUUCCUUUACAAUCACUGUGAAUCUCUCAUAAAUAAAGCUGCCCCUACCUACUCGGUUCUGGUCAUUACUCUUGA